GCAUGCGCACGGCCCGUCCUCCGGCACAAAAUGGCGGAACGGGAGCACAGCUGAAAGCGCGAGAAGGGGCUGAGGGAAGGAGUGUGGAAUCACAUAAUACAAUCAUUCGGCAUUCAAUAGGGGAAAUCAGAUUGUAACCUCCGAAAGACCUUACCGGCACAGAGCGACCGGUUUAUCGAUAAGGGCAGAUUCACCUACCACAGCCAGUAACAACAUAAUGGCAAAGAGAACUGCAGACAAGGAACUAACUGACCGAAAUUGGGACCAGGAAGAAGAAUCUGAAGAGGCAGGUACUUUCUCAGUUGCAAGUGAAGAUGUGUUGAAAAACAGAGCUAUCAAAAAAGCAAAACGUAGAAAUGUUCUCACUGAGUCUGAUGGUGGUGGAGUUUUCAAAGGAUUCUCUGGUCUUACUUCAACUGGAAAUACUGGUUUUGGAGGAUUUGGAAAUGGAUCUGGUUUCAAGCCUUUGCAAGGAUUAUCCAAUGGAAGCAAUGCAUCAUCGUCCUCUUCAACGUCUGCCCUUAGUUGUGCUACUGAUGUAAAUGAUGCAGUGGGGUCUUCUCUGUCUAACGGUCCUCCAUCAAACCCCUUGGCGAAAGGUGAAAUAGGUACAAAAACAAAUGGUAUUAAUCAACUUAACACUCGGAGUAAAAUGGGCUGUAACGAAUACAACAAACAACUAGCAGCACUAAAUUGUUCAGUCCGGGAUUGGAUCACUAAACAUGUCAAUGAGAAUCCACUCUGUGAUUUGACUCCAAUCUUCAGGGACUACGAGAAGCAUUUGACGAGCAUUGAACAGAAAUAUGGCAGCAGCUCUGAUAGUGGUUCAGAGAGUGACACAAGCAGCAAGAGGUCAGAAAUGCAAUCUGGUAACACAUUUGGUGUUUCCAAAACAUUACCAGAGACAACCCCAGCACCUAUCUUUUCAGCUGUCAAAACCAACGAUGUUAUUCCACUCCCUUCAGAAAUGAAACCCGAGACUACAAUAGGAAAUAAUGGGAACAGCAGCUUCCUCUUUGGGAAGACAGUGGAAAAGCCACCUUCGACUGGCUUUUCUUUCAGUAGUGGUACCUCAUGCUCGUUAUUUGGGAAAGAUCUAAACCAAGAAAAGUCUGGAGCUCCAACGUUUUCCUUCACAGCAUCUGUAGGAAAACCAGAAGAAAUAAACAGCAGUGAGCAUAAAGAUGAAAAAGAUGAAGAGAAUGAAGAACCUCCCAAACCAAUUGUGAAUGAAAUCAAAGAAGAUGAUGCAAUCUUUUCCAAGAAGUGUAAACUGUUCUACAAGAAAGAUGGGGAUUUCAAAGAGAAGGGAAUUGGUACAAUCCAUUUGAAACCUGUGACAGAUCAAAAGAUCCAAUUGUUGGUGCGAGCAGAUACAAAUCUUGGAAAUAUUUUACUGAACAUUAUGCUUCAUCCAUCAUUGCCUUGUACAAGGACAGGAAAGAACAACAUCCUUAUUGUUUGCAUUCCCAACCCUCCCAUUGAUGAGAAGAACCCUGACACUGCUGUUCCAAUUUUGAUCCGUGUGAAAACCACUGAAGAUGCAGAUGAGCUACACAAAAUUAUAACUGAGAAAAAACUUGCACAUCAAGUGUAAUUCUGGCUUAAUUUAGUGUUAUAAAGAAUUUUUGCCAAGUUGCUGCUAGGGUGGUUUUUGUUUUCUUUUUAUAAAAUUAAUGAUUGAGGGGAAAAAAUUGCAUUUCAUUGCAUUCAUCCUAAUUUGGACUUCCCUAGGCAUUGUCGUUUUUAUAUGUACUGAAGUUGUUUUCUGCAUACAGUUGUGACCUAACCUGAUGUUCUUAUCUUAACAACAUAGAUAAUUCAUUUUAUGCCUAAAGUUGGAUUAAAUGGGGCCAGCAUAUUCAUUCACCUUUCAAUCCUUGACCCGAAAGAAUCUAUGUGCGAACGUAGAGAUCCGAAAUUUUAAUUCUUACUUCUGCUGACAUUCAGUCUUGCUAAACAGUUUUUCCCCUAGAUGGGCUGCAGGCAGCAGCAAUGUUUGAGACUGUUCUAAUGACUGGAGUAUGAUCGAAAAUUUCUUUUUUUCCUCCCCCCUCCCUCACCUAAGCCCUGAAAAGCUAAUUAAGGAGUAUUGUUCACAAAGUAAGAAAAUAUGAGAGUUCUACCAGAUGUGGUAGAAUAACAUAGAACUAGGGAGAACUUCGAAACUGAAAUGAGCAAUAAAGGGGGAAAUAAAGCAAAGCAAAUCAGAAUCAAAAAAUUGAUGAUUGGAUCAAAAAGGCUGUACAAGGGCAAAAAAGGAAAUGCCCAAUGAACAGAAUAAAACAUAGCCGGAUUGUUUAAAAAAAAAAAAAAAAAAUCAGAUCUUUUGUCAUUCCUUCCAAGGUCUCUUGUGCU